ACACGUUCAUGAAAACCAUGACCUAAGUAUUUAGUAUAAAGCUUUUUGUAGAACUUUAUAAAUCCUACGCUGUUUUAGGCACUGUAUUUUUGGUCGAUUGCUUACAUAGUAUUUUUGGACGUUUUUUGAACUACUGUGCGUAUUUCGUGUAAAAUUAUUGUGUGGUGUAUUGAUUUGAUCGCUGUACCUGAAGGGUUUACGUAAAUUAAAACACAGAUACGAAGUAUGGGCACAAAUGGCAGUCAGCGAAGAAGCAUAUUGUUGGCAGUUGCUGUAUUUUUCUCGUGGAUCUCUGUUGCACAUAGCAUCGACUGCUUCAAAUGCGUGUCAAUGAACGGCAACUUCCCAGCGUGUGACGACCCCUUCCACAAUAAUCACUCGCUGCAGAUGCUAGAGGCACCCUGCAUGGGUGGCAGGAAGGGACGGGACGGGUUGUUCCCUGCUACGUCCUGCAUCAAGAUCGCUGGGGUCUUUGAUGACACGGGAGAGUCGAUCACGGUGAGAGGCUGCGGCCUGGACUCUGGGACCGCCACGACAGACACAGAAAUCAUCAGAAUGUCCCACUGCGGGCGGUUCUACUACAACGACAAAUACGUCCACGGCUGCCUGCAGUCCUGCAACGAUGCGGACGCUUGCAACAGCGCGCCGCGGUUCAAACCGCCGCCGGACGGGAAGCCAGUCGUCUACGUGUCGCUCGCGUACGUACUUGCACAGGCACAGCUGAUCAUGUUUAGGAGAUAACAGAGCUAGUUUUAGCUAAGGGUAACUAAAGUUUAUUUACGUUUAAGUUUAUUAUGUUUUAACCACACCAACGCGUGCAGAUCGCCUUCGCGGGCGC